AUGUCGGUGCACUACACCCUGAACCUGCGCGUCUUCUGGCCCCUGGUGACCGGCCUGUGCACCGCGCUCGUGUGCCUCUACCACGUCCUGCGGGGCAGCGGGGGCGCCCGGGCCGAAGCCCCGGACGGCGCCGACUGCGGCUUCCCACUGCUCAAGGCGGCCGUCCUGCUGCUCCUGGGCUACGUCCUGCUGCGCUGCCGCCACGCUGUCCGCCAGCGCUUCCUGCCCGGGCCCCCCCGCUCGGGGCCCCACCCCGCCUUGUCCCCAAGACCCUUCGGAGAGCCAGGCCUGGGCGUCUUGCUGGAGAGUUACUACGAGCACGAAGUGCGCCUGUCCCCCCACGUGCUGGGCCACAGCAAGGCGCACGUCAGCCGGAUUGUGGGCGAACUGGUGAGGGCUGGCCGUGCCCGCACGUCCCGAGGCCCCAUCCCCGGGGGGGCGCUGGCCUUGGCCUUCCGCGGAGACUUCAUCCAAGUGGGCAGUGCCUACGAGCAGCAUAAAAUCCGACGGCCCGACGGCUUCGACGUGCUGGUGCCGCUGCGCCUCCCGCCGCUGGUGGCGCUGGAGCCACGGAGCCUGGGCGCGGAGGCCGCGCUCGCCCCGGCUUUCCGCGGCUGCUUCUUGGGCACCCUCAAGGCGCCGCCCUCGCCAUCGGGGGCCCCCUCGGGCCACUGGCUCCGGGACUGCAAGCCCUUCACGGACGGCUUCUGCGUGCACAUGCGUGGGCGACCCCACCUCUCUGCCAUGCUGGUGCUGCGUUGGUUUCAGGCCCACCUGCAGCGCUGUCUGGCCACUGUGCGCUACAGCUUGGAGGAGCGCUGUCGGGUCAGCCUGACCCCCGGCGGCCUAGAGCAGCCGCCCACCCUGCACAUCCUGCCCUGCCGCACUGACUACGGCUGCUGUCGGCUUUCCAUGGCCGUGCGCCUGAUCCCCGCCGUCCAUCUGGGCGAUGGCGCGUUCCUGGUGGCCCCACUGCCGUUACCGUCUCCUGGCGGGCCUUUGUCGGAGCUUCCAGCAGGUCUGCGCCCCGAUGCACUGUGGGGCGUGAACACAGCGCGCCAGGAGCAGAGGCUGCUCACCUGGCUGCAGGAACGGGCCCCUCCAGGUGCCUGCUACCUCAAGUGCUUGCAGUUGCUGAAGGCCCUUCGAGACCUGGGUGCCCGCGGGCUGGACCCGAUGGCUGCCACCCAGUGGGGCCGCAUCUUGUCCUCCUAUGUGCUCAAGUCUGCGCUGCUGGCCGUGCUCCUGAGCAAAGGGACACCUGCGCAGGCAUGGGAGGAAGUGCACCUGGGCGAGCGCUUGGAGGAGCUGGUGCAGUUCCUUCAGGACUGCCUGCUACAACGCCAGGUGCUCUUCCACUGCGUCCUGGGGCCUGCGCGGGCAGCUGCGGAGUUGGGCCCCCUGCCCAAGGUGCUGCGUGAAGCCGACCCAGUCGACCUCCUAGCGCAUUUCGACCAUCACGCCCGGGAACGUGCGGCGGCCCGCUUGCUGUCCACGUGGAGAAGGCUGCCUCAGCUUCUCCGGCCCUACGGGGGUCCCCGUUACCUUGCCAGGUGCCCCUCACCGCGUAGUCAACUCAAUCAGAGAUUCCCUGAAGAUGAAGCAUAAACCAGACAGUGUCCCCACAUGGCCAAAGGCUCCCCAAAGCUUCUCCUGUGGCGUGAGGGGGAGGAGGGCCAUUCAGCAGGUUUCAUUGGGGGAAAAUGAGCUGCAGACCAAACCCAAACCUAUCUCACUGCCAUAGAGUCGACUCUGACUCACAGCAACCCUGCAGGAUAAGGUAGAACUGUCCCUGUGGACACUCCCACUCCGUGAGAGAAAGCCACCCAUCUCAUAGCACAGAACAAACUAUGUCACCGGUGCUCCCUGUCGGAGCCAAGAACUAGUCUUAAUGUUGUGCUGUGUGGAAUGAUUCUAUCCAAGGCCUGCCGUUAUGGGAAGCAGGUAGAGGAAGCAACAACUAGCUACAGGGGAAUGUUCCCUCUAUAGCUUCUUAAGACACAGCACCCUCUUGCUCCUAAACUUAAAAGAAGCGUAUGUUUUUGACAUAGCUACUUAGUAGGUACUUGGUUGCCCCUGGUCAUUAUACUUAUGAAAUGGGCAGCCUUGCUGAAUAUCUCUUCAGGGCACAAGCUGGAAUAGAGUCCAGCCAGUGAAUUGGGAGUCAGGCACAAUGUAAAGUAGCAACUUGCAUGUAUGAAACAGCACCGGUGAGAGUUUAACACAAGUUGGUUUUGGAGAAAGAUGUAUCUUACGUCUACAGAGUUUGUCUCCAGGGUUUGCUGCUGGUUGGAGAUGGAGACUUUUUUUGCAUGGAGAUUUCUUUCUGCUUUAAUAAGAGAAAUAAGAGGAAAUGCUGGUUUGCAGUGCCCAGGAUAUAAUCUGUGCUCUCAGUCCACGUUCAGUGGUGGCCCGGCCUGAGGGUACACCUGUCCCUCUCCCAUUGUCCACACGGCCAGUUUUGAAGACCUGUUGGUUCUGCCCAAGCCUGGCCAAAUGAUUUGUUUACAGUUUAGAAUCAUGGGCUCUCUGCUUGAAGAGCAGAGGGGGAAAUACCAGCCAGGGAAACACACUGAGGACAUCUGUUCUUUGUUCUCUUUGAGCUUAAAUGUCAUCAGGCUGAGUGUAUUUUGAGCUCCUGUUGAAGUCUCCUGUCCCUUCUUACCCAAAUUUUAACAAUCCUGAAUUUUCUAUCGACUAACUCUAAAGUUCUAGCUUAGAAUAGUCCAGCAUCCCCUAGGAGCCAGGGUGGUGCAAGUCAUUUUCGAUUGGCUGCAACCUAAAGGUUGGCUGUUUGAGCAUGGGUGCACCAUGCUCAAAGAACGGCCUGGCAAACUACUGUGGCAUAGAUUACCCCCGAGAACUCUAUGGGGCAGUUCUACUCAGCUCAUGGAGUUACCGUGAAUCUGAAUCAACCCACCAGCAAUGGGUUUGGUUUUUAACUUUUAUCAUCCUUUCCCCUGAUUGGAAAAACAAGUCUCAGUGUUAUACUUCGGGAUUUCUUACAGGUAAAAGUUGGAAGAAAAAUCAGCUGUUGAAUGGGGGCCAGUGUUUCCUUGCUGAGCUAUUUUCAGGGGUAUCUGGAAACCUUUUCACCUUAGGGGACCCAUUAAGGCACUGCAAGAAAUCGUUGUGACUGAAAGGCUCACAGGGACUUUUCAUCAGGGCUGUAUAGAUUUCUUAGAGCCUUUGACACCAUGGGCUGUAAGAGAACUAGCAGGGACUGAUGUGCUGUCUCUUUGAGGUUAUUGUGGAAAUGGCUCCCCUGGUACCACACAGGUCAUUCCUAGUCUCCAAGGUGAAUGUUAGGUCAUAAGGUACUGCAUUUAGCAAAUGGGUCAACCUAUCAACUUCCUGCAAAGCUACCAACUGCACAGUGUUCUUUAAAUUAGUUUUUAAAAUAAAUGCUAAGAGUAAAUCAUAUGUAUGUGUGUGUUUUUAUACACACAUAUACAUAUAUG